GUUUCCCCACGACCCGAAUCCGUGGGCAAAAUCCCUCCCUCUCCCCCGAUCCGAGACAACGAGUCCUUCCUCUGCCGGCGUCAGCCAUCGGCGUCCAUUCGCUUGCUGCCGCUUCCUGCAGAGUCGCGCGCCGUUUUCGUCUCGCUUCAAUCUUGCCACGGGUAGCAGCGACACUUCGCACUCGCCUGCUUCUGCCACGACUGAAGCUCUACGUGGUUGACGUCAUGGCCGUCAAGGAAGAGGGAGAUACAUCCCAACAGGGAAAGAAGUCCAGAUCUAGACUCAUCCUUCGCCUAGGUGCGCUCCUCGUUGCUCACAGCGGUCUCGUUAGUGUUGUGUGUUGUGCCGCUGGGAUUAUCGCUUUCAUCCUCCUCCCCGUCUUGGCCAACAACACAUAUAUAUCUGAGAACGCCCUGAUGCCAGGGUCAGCUGAUCCAGCCUUCUCCUCACAAGAAGUUCUAGAUGCCAACAGACUCACUAUGGACAUACUUAAUCGAGGAGCUGCAAAAGCUUCAGGAAUAGAAAUAGCAAAAUUGCUACGUGAGUAUAUAGUGGCUGUGGGUGCUGAAUCAUAUUACCACAAAUUUGUGCCUCGUGCAAAUAAGUUCCACCCUCUUCAUUUCUUCUCUUCCACCACUGAUAAUUUGGACUUGCCAGCUAACCCUAGUUGUGGAUCAUUUAUUCUAAAUGCUGUAGGCAUCAUACGAGCUCCUCGUGGUGAUGGAAAAGAAACUAUUGUAUUGGUAACUCCUUACAAUUCACAAAACACCACAUACAGUGAUGCUGUUUCACUAGGGAUUGGUUUCUCUAUUAUUUCACUUCUAAGCCAUGUUACAUGGCUUGCAAAGGAUAUUGUUUGGUUAGCUGCUGAUUCCAGAUAUGGGGAGUAUAUGACAGUUGAUUCAUGGCUAAAAGAUUAUCAUGGUCCUGCCUUCCCAGGUGAGACGAGUAGAAUUGUUGAUGAUGCAUGCUUUGAAGAAAACAAUAGUGAUUCACUAGAUCAUAUCAAGGUUGAAGGCCAUAAUUCUUAUGUUUACAAGCGUGCUGGAACAAUGGCUGCUGCACUUGUGCUCAAGGUUGUAGACAAGAAAGAGAAGGAGGAAAGAGACAGCCUAUCUAUUUAUGCAGAGGCCUCAAAUGGCCAAAUGCCUAACCUUGACCUUAUCAAUAUUGCUCAUUAUUUGGCAGUUCACAGACAAGGUUUACGUGUGAAGAUUGGUUCUAUAAUUUAUUUUCUUAAAGCUUCAUGGGUUAAAUUACUUGGUGAGAUGUUGCAGCAUAUUACUACAUUGGCUAAACUUUUGAAUCCAAAAUGGAAACUUGAUAUCACAUCUGCUGAUUAUGUUGAAGGAACAGCUACACUUGCAAGCUCAAUUUACUAUCAGGCACUUGGUGUUCCUACUGGCUCUCAUGGAGCAUUCCGUAAUUACCAAGUAGAUGCAGUCACACUUGAGUUCUCACCCAGGUCUUCUCUGAAUAAUGAGAAUGUUCGAUCUGCAUUUCUUCUUAAAACUGGAAGGUUAAUUGAAGGAGUUAUCCGCUCAGUAAAUAACCUUCUCGAGAAGUUCCAUCAGUCAUUUUUCCUCUACUUUUUAACAGCUCCUCAUAAGUAUGUUUCCGUUGGAAUUUACAUGAUUCCCUUUGGAAUCCUAAUAGCUCCUCUACCAAUAGUUGCUGCUGCUCUCUUUUCUAGUAAUAAUGGUUCCAGCAAUAAAGAUGGAUCGUGGAAAUGGCUUCAAGCUGCCAAGGUGGUGUUUUUGAUUCAUCUCUGGGCCAUGAUUACAUCAUUGCUUCCAUAUGUGCUCUUGCAACUCCCCUUAGUAACCCCAUCAUCGUUCACAUCAGCUUGGGCUGCAGUAGCUAUCUGUUUUCUGUUAAUCACGUACUUGAUUUUGUGGAGUUCCUCUAUUGAUUGUGGGUGGGAACUAUUGAAAUCUGUCAUGAUUGUUGCUGCUGCAAUAGGUCUGAGCUUAAUGUCAGUCAUCAAUUUCUCAACUGCACAGAUUGGGGCCAUGCUAAUUGUUCCAAUGUGUUUAUUAGUAAAACCUGCUAGAAAACAGACUCAAGGUGUUUUUGCGAAGGCACUGAUGUUGACAUCUAAUUUAGCUUUGCUUGUGGUUGCUUUCCCACCGGCUGCUUUGUUAAUAGCAAAAACUCUUUUUGGUGCUUCUGGAAAUAUAGAUAUUGGUGACUUUUGGGAAUGGGCACAAAUCUUAUGGUCAUGGAAUAGUGCCACCUAUAUGUACCUACUAUGGAUCCAUCUUCCAUGUUGGGUUCUCUGCUUGAAUAUUUUUCUAUAUCCUUGUAUUGGGAGCUCCUCCAAGGCAUGAGUAUUUCAGAUCAACAGUAGAAUCUUACUCAGCAUUAUGGAAGCUGUCAUGCUAAAUUGAACUUUGCUUGGAUUCUCAACGAUCAGGAAAUUGAACCAUUGGCUUUCUUGAUGGAGACGAAUGUAGGCGUUUGUAUUUUUGUUUAUUUUCUUUAAGAGAAUCUUUUGUGAUGUAUUCUCCUUGUACGAACGACACUCACUGUUGAAUGCAAAAUUAAUGUGUGUUAUCCCA